GGGCCAUGAGGUUUGAAUUGAUUGUGGAAAAAAGGAAGUGUCGUGACGCAGAGUAGAGUUUUGAUUUGGUUUUGUUGCGGAAUAUUAACGUAGGGAGGCACGCAUUUCCAUAAGUCUCCCAUUCUUGGGGCGUCCUCACCUCACCAAAGCAAGCCGCCCAAUAACAAAAGCAACCCAAGGGACCCCAUUUUCCAUUUCAUUCAGCUCUGACCUCUCUCUCAACCCUCUCCUUCAUUGGACGACUUUUUCUUCUUCUCCGCUCUGACCGCCAUUCCUCAUUAGCCAUGGCGAUGUUCACCAUCUCACGCCGAUUAUCAACUGGAUCAACGACGGCGGUUGGAGUUUUACGUUUUGCUACCUCUUCCAGAUUCUACUCUACCGCGUUUAGAGAAGAAAGAGACACUUUUGGGCCCAUCCUUGUUCCCUCAGACAAGUUGUGGGGUGCUCAAACUCAAAGAUCGUUGCAGAAUUUUGAUAUUGGUGGAGAGCGUGAGCGUAUGCCCGAACCCAUUGUUCGUGCUUUCGGAACCCUUAAGAAAUGUGCUGCCAAGGUUAACAUGGAAUAUGGUCUUGAUCCAUCUAUUGGGAAAGCCAUUAUGCAGGCUGCCCAAGAAGUAGCCGAAGGAAAGCUAAAUGAUCAUUUUCCACUUGUUGUGUGGCAGACUGGCAGUGGCACUCAAAGUAACAUGAAUGCCAAUGAGGUGAUUGCAAACAGAGCAGCUGAAAUACUUGGCCAUAAGCGUGGUGGCAAGUUUGUCCACCCAAAUGACCAUGUUAAUAGAUCUCAAUCUUCUAAUGACACAUUCCCUACUGUCAUGCACAUUGCAGCUGCAAUGGAGAUUCAUUCAAGAGUAUUACCCAAUUUGAAAACCUUGCAUUCUUCUUUACAUUCAAAGUCUGUUGAGUUCAAAGAUAUAUGUAAAAUUGGGCGUACUCAUACCCAAGAUGCAACUCCUUUAACUCUUGGGCAAGAGUUCAGUGGCUAUACUACACAAGUGAAAUACGGGAUUGAUAGAGUCUUGUGCACUCUUCCUCGCAUGUAUCAGCUUGCACAAGGUGGUACUGCUGUAGGAACAGGGUUGAACACAAAAAAGGGGUUUGAUGUGAAAAUAGCAGCUGCUGUUGCUGCGGAAACAGGCUUGCCAUUUGUCACUGCAGAGAACAAGUUUGAAGCUUUGGCUGCUCAUGAUGCUUUUGUUGAGGCUAGUGGCGCCCUCAACACAAUUGCAACGUCUCUAAUGAAAAUUGCUAAUGACAUACGCCUGUUAGGAAGUGGUCCGAGAUGCGGUCUGGGUGAGCUCAUUCUUCCUGAAAAUGAGCCUGGCAGCAGUAUCAUGCCUGGGAAGGUCAAUCCUACUCAGUGCGAAGCUAUCACGAUGGUCUGUGCUCAGAUUAUGGGUAACCAUGUGGCCAUAACAGUAGGUGGAUCAAAUGGUCACUUUGAACUUAAUGUGUACAAGCCCAUGAUUGCUACUGGUCUCCUACAUUCAUUGAGAUUGCUUGGGGAUGCAUCUGCUUCUUUUGAAAAGAACUGUAUUAGAGGAAUUCAAGCUAAUAAGGAGAGAAUUGCGAAAUUACUUCAUGAGUCAUUGAUGCUCGUUACAUCAUUGAACCCUAAAAUCGGUUAUGACAAUGCUGCUGCUGUUGCCAAAACGGCCCACAAAGAGGGAACUACUUUAAAGGAAGCUGCACUAAAACUUGGCGUACUAUCCAUUGAGGAAUUUGAUAAUCUUGUGGUGCCAGAGAAGAUGAUUGGCCCCUCGGAUUGACAAGGCUUAUAGCUGAGGCUAAUAAUUAUCAAAUUUUCUAAUUUCUGAUAGAUUUUUCUCCAUGUGUUAGACAAGGAGAUUAGAACCCAAAAAGUAGUGUUAUUCUUGUUGUUCUUGAAGGUUUUCACCAUAAUGUUAAUAAAGGAAAAGCCUCCUACAAUUUUUUGCUGAACAAUGUAUUGGGGAUAUAGUUAAUUUACAAUAAAUUCAUUUUUGGGAAAUUUAUACAAA